UGUUCGAGGCUCAGCUGCCGCCAUCAGCAUCUCUGUCUGGAAUUCAACCAGCAGCUUCUGAGGACAUCUGCUACUGUUCCAUCACACACACACACACACACACACGCUGAACCAACACCUAUAAACAGACCAGAAAGCUGUGGUAUUCCCAUUUAUCUCUCUUCUGCAGGCAGGAAUCAGCGGCAGUCAGGAUGGCAGAGAAGAAGAUGUCGUCGUGCCGGAGGAAUCAGCUGAAGAGCUUGCUGCUGCACAUUGGUGCGGGGAUGCUGGAGGAGGAGGUGCGGAUGGCCGAGGAGGAGAAGAUGAAGUACAUGGAGGAGAGCUGCCCCACCCUCUCUGUCCCAGGCUCCAUGCAGGAGCUCCAGGAGCUGUGCCGGAAAAUUCACAAGGAGAUUGAUUUCGUGGACGAAGAGCGAUACGACAUGGAGAUCAAAGUGAAAAAGUCCAAUAAGGAGAUCGACGACCUGAAAUUGAUGAUCCAGAAUCUGAAGGGGAAGUUCCAUAAGCCGGCCCUAAAGAAGGUUCGGAUGUCGGCCGACGCCAUGCUCGCCGCUCUGCUGGGCUCCAAACAUAAAGUGUCUAUGGACCUGAGAGCCAACCUGAAACAGGUCAAGAAGGAGGUCAAAGAGGAGGAGAAGCAAACAAGCGACUGGAGGAAGAACAUCGAAGACAAGGCCGGGAUGGGCGGCAGGAAGAAGAUGUUUGAGACAGAAGCUUAAACACCAGUGUCUUGCUCUGCUGUUCAAGGAUUCAAGUGUUUAUUGUCAGAUGUUCAAGUUUCCAUGUACACUGAAAUUCUUACUUUGCUGUCCACAUCAAAUGCAUACAGUAAAAAUAAAAUAAAUGGAUAAAUAACAUACAAUAAAUACAAAUAUAAAAUGAGCUGAGAAAAUAUAAAAAAAAUGUAAAAAAAAAAAGUAAACAUCAGAUGUAAAAAAAAGUAAUAACAAAUAUAUACACUUCAUCGCUGCGCAGACAGACGAAUUAUAAACAGUGUACAACUGAUGAAUUAAAUACAUGAUAACUUAUAUACAUGUGGAAAUUGUGCAUGGAGAAAUGUGCAGAUGAACAUGGGCAUGGUAGAGUUUAGAGAUGGGUGUGAUUAUGUAAUCCACACGCCACACUGCUGUUUACAGGAAUGAUUCAUUUCUGUGUAUUAUGUGAGUCCGUGGUGUUGGAUGUUUGUAUAAAUGAUAGAAUAUAUAAAUCAUGCGGCGUUUUUGUGUGAUUCAUGGUGAUAAUUUGAUAAAUCAUGAAAUAAGUGUGUAGAUCAAUAUUCACACAUUUCAGGACUAAGGGUAGCACUAUGACGAGUAAAAUCUUGCAAUUAAAAGAACAAAAAUGAAAUAAAACAAAAUCCAAUACAAUAAAGUUAAAAAGAAUUAAAUAAACAAAUAAAACAUAUUAAACAUAUUACAAGUGUAACAAUAAGACUGAGGCCAUUAACAACAGGCUUUUAAAAAUAUUUUUUCAGAAGUGAUUUAUAUACAUACAUUUAUUAUCAUAAUUCAUUUGCUUAAGUAAUUACUUUUGUUCCUUUGCUGUCAGACAAACAGUGGUAACACUGAUGUGGUAUAUUUUGUGUUAGGGUGCUGUUUAAGAUUUGUGGGUCAUUUUUUAUUCUUGACAGUCAUGUUGGAUUAUCAAUUUUAAAAUAGGUCCUGCUUGAUUAGCCAAUCCUGAGGCCCUGUCUUCAGCUCUGUAUCAGACCUUCAUUAUUUCUUCCAAAUUACCAAAAAGAAAAGUCACAUUUCACUCAGAGAGAGGAAGCAACAAGGGGGGUUAACAGGAGACCAGAAGCUCAUUAUUCCCUUAGUGCCCUCGCAAGUUAUUUUCAGCCAGCUUAAUAGGACGAGAAAAACAACUUAAAAUUCAGAACAGCAGAAAAUGCUUUUAAUUGCACAAACAAACAAAAACCCAGUUCAUAUUGAGAGGUCCUGCACUAAUUUGUGUGUACUUGUCUUUGAUAUAAAAAGGUGAAUAAAUGUCGUUACUCCUUAAUUAAAUCACACUCAUUAUAGCAGACCUUCUCCACGGAGACAUUUUUUA